AUUAAUAAUAACAUAUAUAGAUCGAGAAGAAAAUUUAAACACACGAGCAACACAAUGCAUGCAUGUUCUAGAAAAACUAAAUUGUUGAAUGACGCGGAAACGUUUCUUUGCAUCAUAUGGAUCGGUCGGUCCACUGCUAUAGGCGUGAACUCCAUGCAUCGAAAUAUAUGGGAAUUAACUAACGCUGAACCUUCUGUCCUCUUACCUUAGUAAGUAUUGCCUGCUGGAUCAUCUCUAUCAUCUUAUAUAUAGGAGUAUAUAGCUAUCAUCAGAUCGACCGAUGAUUUCGAUAGUAAGUUGCAGCAGAGACAAGUCGCAAAUUAGACUCACUACAUAUAUACGUAUAUACUUGCGAACUCUGAUUAUAUUGUCGAUCCAGGAGCAACCGAGAUUAAUCCUCUCCUUAGAUUAGAUACCAUAUAAUCACUGACAGUGCCAUGGCAUCGUCAGCUUCGUCGGUGUUCGCGGCCUUCGACAAGGACGGCGACGGCAAGGUGUCCGCGUCCGAGCUGCGGGGCUGCAUGGCGGCGGCGCUCGGGGAGGAGGUGUCCGAGGAGGAGGCGGCGGCGAUCCUCGCAACGGCCGACACCGACGGCGACGGCUUGCUGGACCACCACGAGUUCAUGAGGCUCUCUGCUGCUCAUCAGUUGCAGGAGCCAGCGGAGGAGAGCCUAAGGUGCCUGAGGGAGGCGUUCGACAUGUACGCGGAGGAGGAGGAGACGGCGGUGAUCACGCCGGCGAGCCUGCGGCGGAUGCUGAGGCGGCUGGGGUCAGAGCAUCAGCGGCUGGAGAUGGAGGAGUGCAGGGCCAUGAUCUGCAGGUUCGACCUCAACGGCGACGGCGUGCUCUCCUUUGACGAGUUCAGGGUCAUGAUGCUCAUGGCUUGACCUACGUUUUAUUUUGUUGCACUAUUUCUCAUUCAUUCAUUCUUUUGUUGUCAAUUAUUUAAUUAGUGCAGAUGACAGAUUGAUAGCUUGGUAAUUCCUCAUGUGUCCAUAUGAUGAUAGAUUCAUUCAAUUUUAUUGUUUUUUUACUUUGCAAUUUGCAUGCCAUAGCACGCACGAGGAAGAAUAGCUAGGUCUAGGACAACUUUGUUCAAUGUUGAUGGAUAGACACAAGAGGAGAUGGAAGAGUAAGCCCUGCCCUGCAGCUUCCCCAUUUCAACGUUUUAGACGACGGCAGACGGGCAGAGCCCAUUGUUUGCAUUGCACUGGGUCUUUCUAGAUUAACAAUAUAGAAGAGUCUAGUCAAUGUUGCAGAAUCGAGCAACUUCGACGAAAAACACCAUCCUCUGCCGUCGUAACCCUCUCUACAUAUCGAUUCCUGACCAAGCGACAUGCAAACGCGUAGAUUUUGUUCGGAUAACCAGCUUCAUAACAAAUCCAACUAGCAAAUCACAUGCAAACGCGUCGAUUUUGUUCGGAUAACCAGCUUCAUAACAAACCCAAUUAGCAAAUCACACAGCAUGCAGCGCAGGGGUGAAGGCUGCAACAAGGCAACCGAUCGAGGAACACUUGCAUUGUUUUGUUGUACACCACAGCAACCAGGGUUGGCAAAUGCAUUUAUUUACUCAAAGAAAAACCCAUAUAAUAUUAUAGAAUACACAAGUCACUGGCAAGAGCGAAAUAUUCAAAUACUCCAUCUUUUUGUCCAAAGAAAAAAAUAUUUCAGGUACAAAAUUCAAACAGCUGGACAUGAGACCGUAAACAAGUAACAUACAGACAAUGGUGUUCCUGUUUAUGGCUGCCAACGCCAACCACUACGGCAAAGUGUACAUGCAAAAUGUCUACAAGCUUUUUUAUCACACAACCUAUACAAAUAAUGGUACCAGCCUUUGCAGCUCCCGCUCAACCUAACAACCAUCCCUCAUCCUAUCCCAUCGUAACAUAAUAUAUAUAGCAACCAGCAAUUAACUCGACCUGGCUAGAGAUUUCACUCGCCAAAAUUGUCCUGGUACCAAAAGAAUCAGUUUAAACAACCAAUAAUAGCACAUCUACAACUUGAAAGAUGCCUCCUCUUCUGUGUAAAUUGAAAUUC